ACUGUCUCGUCUGUUGAUCUUUCAGUUGUCCCUUUAUCGUUCUGUGUAGAUUGUCCUUAAAGAAGAUAGCUGUGUUGUUUAGAUUCCUUCGCCGUCCGGUUUUCUGUAGCUUUAAUCCAUAUUAGGGUUUUUCAUCGAUUUCACGGUAUAAUUAUUGGUGCUUAUUCCAACUGUCUGGUUCUCUCCGAGUCUGAGAUGUGUAACUGCAGUUAAAAAUUCGUCGUGCUGAAUUUUACUGUAAUUGAGAUGUAAUUGAUCGAGAGUUCUCCAACUGAAGUUUUCUUCGAUUGCCACUUCUGUGAAUUGGGUGAAUAGUGCUGUACGUCUAGUCAUAAUUAACAAUUUGGGAGAGGUAUCUUCAUUUAUGUCACUGUUGCCCCUAUUAUUGGAAGGGUAAUCAGGCGGUGGUUGAUUGUAUAAUAUAGAGCUGUCAAGACCCUGUUGCUUAUUCUUGUUUCCGUUUUAUGAGGAGGAAUUUGUUUAAUAACCUAUCAUGGCUGGUCUGGAAGAACUGAAAAAGAAGCUCACACCAUUAUUCGAUGCUGAAAAGGGUUUCUCAUCUGGCUCGACCUUGGACCCUUGUGAUUCUUAUAUGCUGUCAGAUGGUGGCACUGUGAACUUAUUGAGCAGAUCAUAUGGAGUAUACAACAUCAAUGAGCUCGGGCUGCAAAAGUGCUCAUCCUGGGCAGAAGAUGACUUCGACCACACUGAAAGGACGUAUAGGUGUGCCUCCCAUGAGAUGAGAAUAUUUGGAGCCAUAGGUUGUGGUGCCAGCAGUGUUGUUCAGAGAGCUAUUCAUAUACCCACUCAUCGAAUUCUUGCUCUGAAGAAGAUUAAUAUUUUUGAAAAGGAGAAAAGGCAACAACUUCUCACUGAGAUCCGAACAUUGUGCGAGGCACCUUGCUAUCAGGGUCUUGUGGAAUUCCAGGGGGCAUUUUAUACCCCUGAUUCUGGGCAAAUAAGCAUAGCACUGGAGUACAUGGAUGGGGGAUCAUUGGCGGAUAUUAUACAAGUGCGUAAAUGUAUACCGGAACCAGUCCUUUCAUCCAUGGUUAAAAAUCUCUUGCAUGGAUUAACUUACUUGCAUGGAGCUAGACAUCUAGUUCACAGAGACAUAAAACCUGCAAAUUUGCUUAUAAAUCUCAAAGGGGAGCCAAAGAUAACAGAUUUUGGUAUAAGCGCUGGCUUAGAGAAUUCCAUGGCAAUGUGUGCUACUUUUGUUGGAACUGUCACAUAUAUGUCACCUGAGCGAAUUCGAAAUGAGAACUAUUCUUACCCAGCUGAUAUUUGGAGCCUGGGGCUUGCGCUCUUUGAGUGUGGUACUGGGGAAUUCCCAUAUACUGCUAAUGAAGGACCGGUUAAUCUUAUGUUGCAAAUCCUAGAUGACCCAUCGCCAUCACCACCAGAGCACAAUUUUUCACCUGAGUUUUGUUCUUUUAUUGAUGCUUGCCUACAAAAGGAUCCAGAUGCCAGGCCAACAGCAGAACAGCUGCUUUCACACCCAUUCAUCACAAAGUAUGAGGAUGCUGGGGUGGACUUGGGAGCAUUUGUCCGAAGUGUUUUUAAUCCAACGCAGAAGUUGAAGGAUUUGGCUGACAUGCUGACGAUACACUAUUAUUUACUUUUUGAUGGACCUGAUGAACUCUGGCUUCACACAAAGACAUUUUACAGCGAAGACUCAGUUUUCAGUUUCUCAGGCAAAGAAUAUGUUGGCCCAAGUGAUGUCUUUGGCUCUUUGUCAAGCAUCCGGAGUACAUUAGUAGGCGACUGGCCUCCAGAAAAGCUUGUUCAUGUCGUGGAAAAACUUAUAUGCCGCGCUCAUGGCCAGGAUGGAGUUGCAAUUCGUGUAUCAGGAUCAUUUAUCAUUGGCAAUCAGUUUUUAAUAUGCGGAGAUGGUGUACAAGCAGAGGGCUUGCCAAAUUUUAAAGAUCUUUCAAUUGACAUGUCUACCAGAAGAAUGGGUACAUUUCGGGAGCAGUUUGUCAUGGAACCAAAAAAUACCAUUGGUCGUUAUGUAAUAGCUAAACAAGAGCUUUAUAUCAUCCAGUAGAAAAUCUUACUACCUUCUCUCAGCAAGGUGAGCAAAUUUCAUUCUCUUCUUGAGAUCUUUACUUCAUUUAGUCAAACCUUGUUUCCUAGGAUUAGUCUGAAUAGUUGGCAGAGGAUGUAACCUGUUCUGACAUAUUGAUGCUAUCUUUCUCAAGCAAUCUAUUUCCCAAACAAUUCCUGCAAAUGG